AUGAACGGGGUAAGUUUUAUUAAUAUAGUUACUUUUUGUUCAGAGCAAUGGACAGUUUAACAAUUUUCCUCAAAUGCAACCACAGACGGCGGACGCUAAUCAGGCCAUGCUAAAUCAGUCUCAACAAUCUCUACUUGGAUAUGGAAGUCAGUUGCAGUCGUUGGUUCCUCAGCAGCUACAACAGCCCAACUAUGGGUUCCAGGCGUCGUAUAAUCAAAUGGCGGCGGUAAGAAUCUUUAUUAUUAGUGAUGUUUGUGUAAUUUUAUAAAAAUAGUCUGAACGUUAAAGGUAUUUUACUAUACAAACAUUUUUAGACGUUUUAAUUAGUUUUUUCAAUAUAAUAUUGUGUUGGAAAUUAGGUAUGCUGUACUAUAUUGUGGUACCUUAAAGGAAAUUUUCAGAAUAUGGCUGGAAAUCAAAUUGGAUUUGGUAACUAUCAAUCUCAGCUUCCUCUCGAUUUUCAAAAUCAAAAUUUUCAACAAAACUUGUUGUCUAUGCAGAUGAAUUCUCAACCUUCGGUGAGUUUCUUACCUAAAUUCAUAUAAACUAUAACAAUUAACAGUGGCUUUCUGUUGUUAUAAUAUAAAGUUUAUUGAUGUACUAAUAACUUUUUUUCCAGACAUUUAACACAAAUUUCGAUCAACAGCAAGCCUACCCUAAUAUGGCACAAUCAUUUUCCGCUUAUCAAGCUCCUCAGAGCUAUGAGAAUCCUCAAUCUUCACAACAACAGCUCUAUCAAAUUCAGCAACAGCAACAAGAGCUUUAUUUACAACAACAACAGCAGCAAGCGACGUAUUCAGCCUUACCAACAACUUCUCAGAACUUUCAGCCGGCUGUCACAAGUCAGCCUGCUGUCCAACAUCAACAACCUUACACUGAAAACAUUCAAAGGCCGACUUGCUCGAAGCCGGCUGUGGCUAAUGAUACGGAUACUCAGAUUGUGAACGUGGAGACUCCAAUGAGGAUAGCUGAAAGGGCGGCAGCGGUAUGUUAAUAUUUUUAAAACUAUUUUUGAAUUUUAGGUAAUACUCGCAAAAUUCUACAAAUUUUGACAUUUUCAUGUUUUGAAAAGUAAUUUUUACAUUUAGACGGCAGCAGAAAACUUGAAGAAGCUGAAGGAAAGGGAGGAGAACGCUGAAAAGGAGAAGAGAACGAAGGCAAGGGAAGAUCACGUUCAGAUAGAAGAAGAUUGGCGGCGGAGUCAAGUGUCGGCUUCAGAAUCUACAGCUCAAAUGCAAAGCCGACUAGAGGCUAUUCCUGAGCCUGUACAUCUAGCUGGUUGUCAUACAUUGACUAAAGGUAUGAAAUUUGUUACCUAAAAAGUUGUUUUUAGAUCUUUGCAUUAAGAUACUGACCAUAAAUUUUUAGUUUAGACUAAAAUAAUCAUUCUUUAGGGAUAAAUUUACUGUUUGUAGCUUUAUUUUGUUUAAAAUUUGAAAGAUUUUUGAUAAUUUUGGUUAAUAAUGUUAUUUUAGUUGCUAAGCUUCUGCCGUUUCCCACCGAAUGCUCAGUAACAUCUGAAUAUCUGGCGUUGGCUAACCUUUCUGAGGAACCACCUUUAGAUGACAAUAUGGCUGAUUACAUUACCUGUUUGUUGAACUCAAGUAUGGAAGAGCUGGAUCUGGUCGAUUUACGGCAUUCAGAAGAAGAAAAGGAUGACUUGAAUUUGAAUGAAAUGAGCACUCUAUUCAGAGCCAUUCAUGAUAGAAAUCCAUCAGCUUUAACAGUAGAGAAGAGGGAAAGAGUGGUGGAACCCGUAGAACAAGUAGCUGUAGCAGAUGUAGUGAGGAAGGAAGACGAACCAAAACCGGUAGAUGAAGUUAAGAAUGAGGAAGUAAAAACUGAGGUGAAGAAAGAAGAAGAAAAAGUUGUGGAAAGUGAGAGAGACGUUGAACCAAUGAAAGAAAAGCCGGCUCCAGAAAAGAGGAAGAAAGAGGUAAGGACAGAUUUUAAUAAUUUUUACUGAAUUUUAUGUUAAAGCACAUUUCUUCUGCCGUAAAUAGGUUUCAUUUUAUAGUAAUACAUAUGUAUAUAUAUUUCCUACUUAUAUAAAUGAGCGAAAUUUAGGAGUCGAUUGUUGAUCGAGAAGUAACGUCAAUAUUCUCAACUCCAAAGCCCAAAAAACCAAAAGUUGUUGUUCCAGAAAGGCCACCAACACCAGAAGAGGGUAAGCAAAUGAUUUUAUUUUUUUUGUGAAACAUACGCUUUUUGGUUUUUAUCAUUGAAUUGAAUUAUGAAAGAGUUAAAUUACCGGUAUUUAUUAAUAUAAUAAAAUAUUGUUUUAGUUAUUUAUGAAAGAGAACGUGAAUGGAAAGAACGCUUAAAACAACGUCAGGAAAAGCUGAGGAAGAGGCACGAAGAAGAGAAUUCAGAGUUGUGGAGCAUUGAGGGUAAGAGAAAUAUUAUUCGUAGGCUUAUACCCACAAUCAUAAGGUGAAAAAUAAGUUUUUUAGCUUACAUAGGCACAUAGUUAAUAUUUAUAUUUCCAGCUACUGCUCAAAACGAAUGUCUGAAUCGUUUCGUCUCGUUCGUUGACAGGAUCGUGGAUGCAGAGAUUGAAGACGACGAAUUCACGAUAGAUAAGGCUCUUCUGGAGGAUAUGAGAGCAGAAGCUCAGAAGUUGAAGGUCUACAGGAAGGUGAAUAAGGUCCCUAUGGAUCGACUAGUAAAGUUGUUGUCGAUCCUCGAACGGAUAGUCAAAGACGUGUUGUCAGAAGAUGGAGCUGUGGUUAUUUUUGCGAAUAUGGUAAGUGGAAUGUUAACAAAUGAGUAGAAUCUUAUUAUAGUUAUAUUGUGGUUUACUUACGAAUUCAAUUAACUGCCAGUGGUUAACAUCGAUCUUUUAGGCAGACGAAAACGAACCGUUGGUAAGAGAGAUAAUCGACGAAAAAGUGGCAAAGUCAGCUGAAGCUGCUUGCCUUGCUCUGACCGUUAUGACUGCACCAAAGGUACCAAAACAGUUAUUGAUGGAAGAUGUCAUAGACAAGUCGAUUCAAGUGUGCAAAGAACUAAAUCAGCAUGUUGUGUUCCCUGCCUUCGACUCCACUGCUGGGACUGUCGACAAUGGUAUCAAGAGGAAAGGUAUGUCCAUCUUACUGCUCACUUUCUUGGAAUUUCAAAGUAUUUACCCUAGGUUUAUAUCAAAUAUGGCUAAGAAUUUGACUGUAAGAUUCUUUGAAUAAUUUUAACGGUUUAUCGUUAUUUUGUUGUAGCCGAGGUGAAUCGUAAGAAGCGAACGAUGGAAAGGACAAAUCCAUUUGCUGUAAAGUUGAAUCGCCGUAUCUGCGAGAUGUUGGAGUGCUACACGGAACUGACGCGAUUCGAGAAUCUCAAUGAAACGACUCUAACUAACCUUUGUACUCUGGCUACAGCGCCUUUUUUCAUCGACGGUGUUAACGAACUCCAAAUCGAGUCAAUCAGCUUACUCAGUAGCCUAUUCUCAUUGGCUCCAAGUCUACGGAAGUCGAUUCUACAAGAUAUUCUGGAUUCGCUUCAUCGUCUCCCACCAACCAAAUAUCAACAGAAUUCUUUCAAGUUGAGCGAGAAUGUUUGGAUCAGCAACUUCACCGUCCUCAUGCUACAGUUGAUCCAAUCGGUCGUAAAAGUGCCAAGCAAACGGAAAACUGAUACUAUUGAUGAAAGUGAUGAUAUACAGUCAAAUGAUAUUACAGUAGAACAAAAGGUUCUGAUUGAGUCGUAUCAAGAAGCACAGACGAUGGCUACCAUUUUUCUCAACGGAUUCUUAGCCAAGUAAUUUUUUUGAAUAUCAAUUUUGAAAUUUAACAUUUUGGAAGAUUUGUUUACAAUUUCAAAGCGAAAAAUAAGCUUUAUAGUAAAGUAAGGUUGAAUUCCCAUUUCAGAUGUACAGCCAAGUCAGAAGACGACUACCGUGGCCUGUUCGAAGCCUUUCUUAACGACGUGCUAGCUUCUUUGUACAAACCUGCAUAUCCCGUAGCUGAACUAAUAUUAACAAUUUUGGGUAAUUUGUUGGUCAAGAAGUUCAGGUCAAAGGCGGAAAUCACUUUACGACAAGCUUGUCUGGACUACUUGGGUACGGUAACAGCACGCUUGAGGAAAGAUCGAGUUGGAGCGAGAGGAGAUGAUAAGGGAAGGAUGGAUUUGGUGGUCAAGACCUUGAUUAGUGAAGAGAAGGAGGAACCGUUGGAAAGCGUAGACAUUUCUGGGGUAAGAAUUCGUUAUAAGUUGUUACCCAACAGUAAAGUAUCUGUUUUCGGUGGUGAAAUAGGUGAAAUAAGCAUUAUCUUUUAGAUGAACACGCGAGAAAAGGUGCAAAAGCUCCAGCAAGCCCUAAUCGACUAUAUUAUUACUAAAAGUGACCUAGAAGAUGUGUCGGUAGAAUACACCGUAAAGUUUUAUGUAACAGAAUGGUUCAAAGAAGUGAUAACAGAUAUGGAAGCGGCCAAAGAACGACACCGUGUGAACAUCGAGAACGGAGGCGUGGAUCCAAAGAAGGAGGAACGUAAGAUGAACAAGUUGUUGGACAAAGGAGAACAGAUGAAAGCCUUCAUUUUACGACUGGUCGAUAAAAAGUAUUUGAAGAAGCGGACGCAGUUACUCACCAAGAACCUAAACGUACUUCUGGAUUCAGAUGCCCAGUGGGUGGUCAAGUAUCUGGCUUCGAAGCGAGAGUUUAGUCAAUCUUUUGAUCAUUUCUUGAAACAGAUCACUUACGGUAUCUCUAAUGAGAGUUCGGUGGGAGUACGGACAAAGGCGAUGAGGUGCUUGACACAAAUUAUAGAAGCCGAUCACAAGAUCCUGUUAUUCGUAAGUUUUGCCUUAUUUGGUUACAAAUGGUUUAUUUGAAUUGUUGCAUGUUUCUACUUUUUUGUAGUACUUUAUUAUAUUUAAGACCUUACAUAUUACUUUUAGCACGAUGUCCAAGCCGCAGUACAUGGCAGACUGGUCGAUCCGAAUAUAUCUGUGAGAGAAGCAACGGCCGAGUUAAUCGGAAAAUACAUAAUAUCUAGACCGGAUCUCCUGAACAAGUAUUACAAUAUGAUCAUUCAACGCAUAGUGGUAGGUUUAUAUCGACGCAUUCUAAAUUAAUAUAUUAAUAUGAAAAAGCCUACAUUGAAAUAUUUUAUUAACUACUUUAGGAUACUGGUGUUGCUGUAAGGAAACGGAUAAUUCGGAUAUUGCGAGACAUUGUAGAACGUCAUCCAGAAUCCGAAAAAGUGCCUGAGAUAUUGGCCAAGAUGAUACGGAGAGUAGGAGAUGAAGAAGGCAUCAGGAAGCUGGUACUUGACUCUGUAUUCUCCCUUUGGUUCUAUCCAACACGAGAUGAAGAGGCUCUGAAUUCAAAGGUAUGAGCCCAUCUUUUUACUUUUCUUAUCAUACUUUACUUCUUUUUUGUAAUUAUUGUUUAUGAUUUACAAUACUGUAGCAUCGCUGAAUGAUGAUACCUAAACAUUCACAAAUUUCAGAUUUUGAAUAUUGCUGACACAGUAAACGAAGUAGUGAAUCUUGGGUUUUUGGACUUUUUCAAACAACUAAUCCAAGCCAUCUUCAAAGACUACAACGAUCGACAGCUUCAAACAUCAUGUGUUCAGCUGAUCGAUGGUCUCGUGGAGAAUAUAUUGUUGUUCGAUGCUCAAAUGGCUUCUGUCGAUCUGGAAGGUGUAGCUGGUUUGGACGAGGAGAAGGUUGAACAAAAGAGAAUCAGUCAACGAAGACUGAUUGCUUGUCUGACAACGUUAUCAGUGUUCUCCAAUGUGAAGCCGGAGUAUCUGACGAGACACGCUGAAGUGUUCGGGCCAUAUUUGAAUAUAAAGCCUAACAGUCCGACUGAUUAUGUUGUUAUUGUUAAUGUAAGUUGAUUAAGUUUGGUAUUAUUUUGCUAUGGUAUAGGUAUUGUAAUGAAUAAUAUAUAGAUUAGACGCAGCAACUGUAAUGAUUAUACCAUUUUUUGUGCUUUUAGAUAUUGCAAAUGUUGGAAAAGGUAAUACCUUUGAUGGAACAUCCUGGAGACGAGUUUCUAAAGACGUUAUACAUGAAAUUGGAAGAGUUAUAUGGGACACAGAACAAUCUUGCUGUGAUCAAUGCGACCGUCGCCUGUUGUGGAGCAGUUUAUCGCACUUUCCCCAAGUUUUGUCCGACUCUCAUACAGCGGUUUUCCAAAUUUUAUGGUAGGUUUGAGAAAUAUAUGAUCUUUGCAAAACUUCUAUGUCAAACUCAUUUUUGAUACAAAUUAAAAUUUGUGUUUUUAGGUAACAAAUUAUUUUUUUACCAAUUGUUUUGUUACCAAAACCUUAAAUAUUGUGCCUAUUUCAGCUUACUUAAAAAUGAAGUCUCUGGACAUGCCAAAAGAAGUGGGUCGCGAGCUACUUGGCACCAUGAAGAAGGUCAUGUACGCAGUUGGUGUUGUCGCCAGAUUCUUCGACCUGAACGAGCUGAUUCAGAAGCAUCCGGUAGAAGGACUAGAACAAGGUAUCCGAGAAGACGUACUCAGCACGUUGACAUUGUUCGCUCAAGUGGACAAUGAACGAAUCAGGUUGUUCGCUGUUAUGGCAUUGGGACAACUGACAGCCGAAGUGCCAAGCUUCUUAUUAAAUCCGAACGUGGUCAAGAUAUAUCUGGCAGCAUUGAAAGACCGAAGGCCAUUGUUAUUGACACAGGCUUUGAAUAACUUGGAAUUGUUCCUGAUCACAACUGAACAGAAGGCCAUCAAGAGCAAUGAAAAGUGUAAGUUAUCAUCUUUAUGGAGAUGUUCUCAAGUAAAUCUUCUUGUUUUUAACUAUAUUUCCGUAGGAUAUUAAUAUAAUUUUACACAUGUUAUUUAAGUUUCACAAAUUAUACCUUCGCUUUAUAGUCAGAGAAACCAAGGACGGUGAUCUAAAAGCGAUGGAAGUUGGUAACUCCGGCCUCAGUUCGACGGCCAUGCAAAACUACUGGCCGUCAGUCUUGCAAGCCUACUUCAACAAACCCGAUAACGUCCGUCAAGAAGCGGCCAAAGUUAUAUUCCAAACCCAGAAUCAAGGUCUUCUGACACCAGGCUCCUCCAUCCCCACCCUGAUUGCCAUGUGUACGGAUAAGUUGCCAUCAAUUCGAGGGCGAAUCGAGUCUCUAAUCAAGGAAAUAGACAGUAAAUAUGCUGGAAUGGUGGCUAGCAAUGCGAUAGCUGGCGUCAGAAGAGCAUACUUCCUUCAGAAGAUUAUGAGAACAGACGCGAGUGAAGUUGUCAGAGGGAUAAGAGCCAUCGAACAGAAACCUGGUCAAGACGCCUUGCCAAACUCGAGUAACGAGGUACAAGCUUGUUUGACAGGCUUGUACUCAUGUCUCCGUGGCCAUAGGCAACAACGAAGGAGCUUCCUCAGCGCCUUUCUGAAGUUGUUCACCGAUUCGAAGGAUGUAAGUUGAAGUAUAUUGUUUAGGUGUUUUUAUUGUUAUAGUAGAUAUUUAAUAUAAUUUCACUUUUAUAUUAAUUUUAAAAGCUUCGACAGGUUUUUAAAAUUUGAAUUGUUUUCAGAAGGUAACACUAGAGGAAUGGAUCUUCUUGGCAGACAAUCUAGCUCACUUUUCAUACGUUAACCUGGAUGAACCACUAUAUGUGAUAUUUACGGUCCAGAAGAUGGUAUCCUUUAACGGACAAAGUAUUCUGAACUCAUUCAAGAAACUACAAGUGGCGUCGACUCAAGAAAAUGAAGACGAAUUCUCUCCUGACACUAUUUACUGUAAGUUACUGAACCAGAUUAAUCUCAUUUGAUUGGUAAUUCCGGAAUCAUAAUUACCAUUAUAUUGGGUUUAGAAUUUAAAAGCUACGUAUAUCUAAAAAUGUUUUCAGCACGAAUGCCAGAAGACAAAACGACGCUAUACGAUCUGCAGAAGGAGAGCUACGCCUGUUACCUUCUACUCUCAUUGAAAUCAUACCUGAUGAGGGUUUACAACUUCAAAGACGAGUACGUUGACCUUUCUAAAUAUAUUUGAAGCAUGAUUAGUACAUCUUUUAACUAUCGUUAAUCUUUUCAGUAAAAUCAAGGAAUACUCUCCAUCAGAAUCGGCCAAAGUCUACGAGAAACCAGUGACCAGAAGACCUGCGGGCAUAUUCAAUCCGAAGAACAUUCUAGAUGCUUGCAAGAAGAACCCCAACGUUGAGAAUUCUGUGGAACAACAUAUAGAGCUGGCACAUCAUUUCAGCUACGUAAGUAUACAUAAUACUACAUACCAAAUCAUAUACAUGAUGGACAUAUAUAUUUAUAUACAUAAUGUGGCAGGUUCAAGUAAAUGUUUGUUUAAUAAUAUUGGUUUAGUUCUUCAACAAGUUCCUCCAAAUGGAAGCAGAAGACGGCAACGAAUCCGAUGCUCGAGCCGAAGACCAAAUGGAGGAAGAUGAAGAAGAACAAGAAGAAUAA